AUGGUCGCUCUCGCAGCUGCUGGAGUUUCAGCUGUACACAUCACAGCGCCGGUAAACCAAACAUACGACUACAUCAUCCCCCCAUCUUCACCCCCAUACCCUCUCAUCCUAACAUUCCACACAGACACCGUCCUCGUGAUCGAAUACGGCAACCUCGUAAACGACCCCAGCAUCCUCGUCCCAGCCAACACCCUAAGCUUCGCUCCAACUCCCGAACGCUACUUCAACUUCACGCCCGUCCCCAACGCCGGCCUCAAUAAUGACACCACGAGCCCGCUCGCAGCCGCCAUCGUCGGCGGUAGCAGUGCCGUAAACGGCAUGUUCUUUGACCGCGGCAGCGUCGCCGACUACGACGCGUGGGAAGCCCUCGGCAACAAAGGCUGGGGUUUCAAAGACCUGCUUCCGUAUUUCAAGAAAUCAGUCACUUUCACGCCGCCGAGUGAAGAAGUGGCGGAGAAGUACAACUACACGUGGGAUGUGGAUGCGGCGUAUGGUGGACAUGGUGAGAUUCAGGUUUCCUUUCCGCCGUACCAGUUCCCCGGUCAAGACCGUUUGUGGGAUGCGUGGAGGGAGAUUGGUGUGGAGAAGCCGAAAGAAGCUGCGGCGGGAGACGCGAUUGGGUCGAUCAUGGCGCCGAGUGCGUUGGAUCCCGUGUUGAGGACGAGGAGUUAUGCAAGGACGGCGCAUUAUGAACCGUACGCGAAAAGGCGGAAUUAUCAUCUUUUGACGGGGUAUCAGGCGACUGAGAUUUUGUUAAAGGAGGGUGGGGAGUUGGAAGCUGUCGGUUUGAGUAUGGUCAAGGUGGGACGUACUGAGAAGAGUGUUGUGAAGGCGAGGAAGGAGGUUAUCGUUGCGGCGGGUGCAAUUUGGACUCCCUGGCUGUUGCAGCGCAGCGGUAUUGGCCCAAAGAGUGUUCUUGAGGGGGCUGGUAUAGCGGUCAAGAAGCAUCUACCUGGUGUAGGUGCGAACUUUCAAGACCAUCCCUUUGGAGGCAGUGUCUGGAACUGGACGACCAACCCAUAUUUCCCCACCGCUGGAGCCCUGGCAACGAACCAGACCUUCUACACCGAAGCCGAGAAAGAGUACACACAGUCGCGCGAAGGCCCUCUCACGACAUCGCGGGGCAACCAGGCUGCCUUCCUACCCCUCAGGACUGUCGAUCCAGAAGGUUGGCAAGCCCUCGUCGAUGCUGUCGCGGCUCAAGAUCCGACUCCCUACCUCCCAGCUCAAUACGAUGAGACGCUCGUUGCAGGCGCCAAAGCUAUACACAACAUCACCGCCGAAUACCUCGCACGCGACGAUGCCGCAGCCUUUGAAUUCACCUUUGCAGAAGGGCCCAUAGGAAACGCUGCGAUCAUGCGCCCAUUGAGUCGGGGUACCGUAAACAUCAACCCGGCUGAUCCUGCAUCAGGCCCACUAGUCGACUGGCGCACCUUCUCCAACCCUCUGGACAUCAAAUUCGCCGUACAAAUGGUGCGCUUCUCGCGGCGCUUCAACACUCUCUCCUCUUUCUCUGGUCUCGGCGCUGUUGAGCUCUCGCCUGGAGCCAAUGUCACCAGUGACGCUACGAUCGAAGGGUAUCUGCGCAGUACGAUGGAUCCUACGUUCGUUCAUAUGGCUGACACGGCGUCGAUGCUUCCGGAAGAACUUGGUGGUGUUGUAGGAACAGAUUUGAAGGUUUAUGGUGUUGGGAAGUUGAGUGUGGUUGAUGCGAGUAUUGUUCCGUAUUUGCCGGCGACGCAUCUUUGUACGACGGUUUAUGCUAUCGCGGAGAAGGCGGCAGAUGCUAUCAAGGCGAGGACGGGGUGGGAUGAGUAG